AUGUACAUACACAUCCAUAUCUCGCGACAAGAAGCCGAGGAUUUGGCCAGGAGGUUACAAGUGCCCUAUGUGGAGUGUUCGGCCAAGAAACGUAUGAAUGUUGAUGAGGCAUUCCACGAACUGGUCAGGCUGAUAAGGAAAUUCCAACAACAAGAGCGACAACCCUUGGACGGAGUUGAUUUAGCCGUACCACCGAAGCAUCCCGGGAAAAAGAAGAAGAAUUGUCGAAUACAGUGA